UGGCACGAGCCCGCGGCCGGGCCUGGGUGGGGGACUCCGGGGACGCGCGGCCCGGCGCCGCGGGCUCCGGCUUGGGUUCGGGGCUCGGUGCGUGUGGCUGGCCGGGCUUGGCUUGCGGGCGACCGAGGAGUGCGGCCCGGCCCGGGACCCGAGGGUUCUGCGGGGAAAGGAUUGUUCUUUGGGGAGUGGCGCUUAUUGGCCGCCACUGUCCUAGUUUUAAAGCCUUGCCUUUGGGAUUUUCUGCACAGAUUGCAGCUUUCUGCUGGGGUUUUGGGAUGUCAGGGCGUUUUCGUGCUGGGUGUCAGAGGUGACCCAUGGUGUGGUCGUGAGGAGCCCCUGCAGCACCUGCUGGGCUGUGGCAGAGGAGGCUGUGUCUGCGGUGGGACGGAGAAACGAAACGUGACUGAGAUCCUGUUUGGAUAUUCUGCUGAAGUUGUCACGUUUCUGUUCACUACACCAGUUCACACAGCAAGUUGAUAAACCCAGUUGUAGUACUCGGUGAUGCAAGGUGUUUGCCUCACAAGUAGACCUGGGGUGAUCUGGCUUGGCUGAGAAUGUUUGGGAUAUCCCAAGCAUCUGUCUCCAACGAAUCUCCUUGGCAGGCUCAUCUUUUUCUCUAUUCUAGUAUGGGAAUAACGCUGCGGUAGCACAGGCCUGAUACUGAGAAGUGUUUUCUAAAGAGCACAAGUCCAGGUGGGCAGGUAGGUAGGCUGGGAGAAUAGCCUUUGAAAACCAGGUGCCCGCACGGUUUUUUAGUUGUGAUGCCUUAGGGUGAAAGAAAGCCAUAGAUGAUGGCAUCAAUAAGGUUUGUGGUUCGAAUUCUCUUAAAGCAUAUUUGAGCGGAAACACUAUCACAUAAAGCAAUCUUAUGGUCAUUCGUAUGUAUCUUUUGAUGUGUCUUAGAUUUUAAUAGCUGGGGUCUGUUUUAAAUGGAACACAUAAAUUUGUGUUCUGCUUUAUCUUGGAGACAACCCUGAGUCAUGCUUUCUAGAAGUUCCGAGAGUUCAUCUUUACGUUUAGUUCUUCCUAUUGUAGUCGCUGUGGGAACUCCUAGGAAGAGCACAGGCUGCCUUUCACCUCCAUGUUUGCCCUCUGUGCCCGACUUUACCGCUCAAAUUUUGUUUAUGCUUCCAGGAGUAAAGAGCCAUUUAUCAGGUUCUUACUUACUCUCUGCUGGAAGGCCGCACAGUGACUUCAGAACUCCGUUCCUUUUCACUGCCCCUAUUUUACCUAUGCUGUGUUUACUUUUGGGAAGGUCAUAAUAGCCCACUUUAGUGGAAACUGAGGGGAAGUGGAAUUUCAUGUUUGUUUGUUUGUUUUUAAUUUGACUCUGACAACACUUUAGCUGGAGAGUGUGUAUGCUUCUGAUUUGAUACUUUAGAAAUUUCCUAACUUCUUGUAAGUCUUUCUACUUUUCUGCCUUCAUCUCCUUUCUUCUAGGCCACAUGGUUGAGAGAGGGGGAGGAAGAGAAAAAAAAAAUCCAUCUCUGGUUUAGUUGUCGGUAAUUUAGCUUUAUAAUCCCAUUAUCCUUGUGUGCCUGGCGGCUUGUGCUGGCCUGCAUGUGGACUUUAACUCAGACGACUCCUUUAGAUGCCACUGAACCAAAUGCUAUAAAAAGUAUUUCACUUUCAAACUCCCACGUUUCCCAGAACAGAGAAAGUCAGUACAAAGGCAAUUUGGAAGGUUUCCAUUACAGCAUAUAGACUGUUGCAUGGGAGAAGGACUUUUGCUCUGGAGGCGUCUCAGUCUACACCAGAAGUAAGUCUAGAAUAUUUGUGUUAACGUAUUGUAGCCCCUAAAGCAGCUUUGCUGUGAUAAGAAGGAUACCACUGAGGGUUCUCACAUGCUUUUAAGUUGUUAGCUUACUGAAUUGUGCAUUCUUCAGAUUCGCUAGGUCAGUAAGUUCAUAAUUUCUCUCAGGCUUCUAGGAAUUCUUCAGGAUUUGUUUUUCGCAACUCCCUGCUAGCGUGCCGUCCGAGUUCCACACUAGUUUUAACCUUUGAAGCCUAAGCAUGGGACCUCAGGGUUGCCUUAGAGUCUUUGGGACGUGGAUUUAUUUGUAUCAAAGAGUCUUCCUGGUUCCUGGCCUCUGAGGGACCGGUGCUGGAGCAGAUGGAUAAUGGAGACUGGGGCUAUAUGAUGACUGACCCAGUCACGUUGAAUGUAGGUGGACACUUGUACACAACGUCCCUUACCACAUUGACACGUUACCCGGAUUCCAUGCUUGGAGCCAUGUUUGGGGGGGACUUCCCCACAGCCCGAGACCCUCAAGGCAAUUACUUCAUUGAUCGAGAUGGACCUCUUUUCCGCUAUGUCCUCAACUUUUUACGAACUUCAGAAUUGACCCUCCCCCUGGAUUUUAAGGAAUUUGAUCUUCUUCGGAAAGAAGCUGACUUUUACCAGAUUGAACCCUUGAUUCAGUGUCUCAAUGACCCUAAGCCUUUGUAUCCUAUGGAUACUUUUGAAGAAGUUGUAGAGCUGUCUAGUACUCGGAAGCUUUCUAAAUAUUCCAAUCCUGUGGCCGUCAUCAUAACCCAGUUAACCAUCACCACCAAGGUCCAUUCCCUACUAGAAGGCAUCUCAAAUUAUUUCACCAAGUGGAAUAAGCACAUGAUGGACACCAGAGACUGCCAGGUUUCCUUCACCUUUGGACCGUGUGAUUAUCACCAGGAAGUUUCUCUCCGGGUCCACCUGAUGGAAUACAUUACAAAGCAAGGUUUCACAAUCCGCAAUACUCGGGUGCAUCACAUGAGCGAGCGGGCCAACGAGAACACGGUAGAGCACAACUGGACUUUCUGUAGACUGGCCCGGAAAACAGAUGACUGAUUGCCAGUGCUGGGGAGGACUUCCUGUAAGCUCACGUUUGUUUGGGGACGUGGAAGAGACUGUUCUUGUUUUCUAAAUCAUAGUGUACCCCUCUUUUUAAUAUUUGUAUUUAUUUGAAGGCCUCGAGGACCAGAAGGAAGUUCCGUGUGUGAGCAGCCUUCUUGUUUUGUUCCAAAUAUGCAUGUGCCUGUUCAGAGUCUCCAGAAACCUUUUUUAUAAAAAGAGAGCUGAAAAUCAUUAUGAUAUAUAAUCUACCCUUAACAGUGCUAAAAUGAUUUCUGGUUACGUGAUCCCUAAUUCAACUGGAAGGCUAAAAAUACAGUAAUGAAAGAUUAAGCAGAGUAUUCAGGUCUUUGAGGAAAAUCAGAAUAUCAUGUAGGGUGAUCUCGGUUCCAGACCAAUAGGCAGUGGUGAAUUAAAGGAAGACUGGCCAAUCAUCUGCCGAUCCUUGUAAGGACUGUCUUUCUAUGCAUAUAAAUCAAGCAACCAAAUAUCUGUAGCCAUUGAAAUGUCUGACUAGAAAUAUUUAUAUUGGAUUCUCAAUACAAAAUGUCCCUGUGGUAGAAACCUUAUGCCUGGUACAGUUUCAUUCCCAAGUGUACUGUCUACCAGGAAAGAAAAAUCUAAUAAAAAAUGGAGUAUGAACAUUAAA